GCCAUGGCGGACGCUGCCAUCCUGCGGGUGCGGCACUGCGCCGCCGACAUCUUCUGCCGGCGGCCCCCGCGGCUCUGUCCCGCCUGCGGCCUCCCUCUGCGCGGGGCCGGGCUGGCCGCCGCCCCCCUCCGCCUGCCCAGCCCCUUCCGCCACGGCCACCGCCAGCCCCGCGCCUUCCUGCUCCGGCCCACCACCGGCACCUUCCUCGGAGGAUACGAUGGGAAAUCGGAUCUUCACGUGGGAAUAACCAACAGUAAUGGUGUGGUAUACAAUUACAACCAAGAGGGCAUCCACAGAGCUGAAACUGGAUGGGAACAGUGCAUUAGUAUCCCACUAGUCCAGCCAGACAUGUUUGAGCUGCUCCAGCAGUGGGACCAGCUCCUAGAGGAAUUCUCUGUGGGAGAGGCCUGGCUUCCUCACAGGUAUGAAGAGCAUGACCACAACUGCUACACGUACGCCCUGGCCUUCGUCAACAGCGUCCUGGCCGCGCAGGGCAGAGAGCAGCUGAGCAAAGGGGAAUUCACUGAGAGGUUUGUGAUCCCCCAGACAAGGAGAGCUUCCAAAUACAUCACUCUGCAUCAGGAGCUCACAGCUAAGGACUUCUACAUUGUACCCCUUCCUGAUCCCCCCAAAGAGUGCUGAAAUGGCAAGUUGUCACGUUAGAACAUUGGCAGCGUGAAAAAGGAAGCCUUGAGGCUCCAGACCUGAGGGUUUGAGGUGCAUGAUUGACUUCAAGUAUUUGAAAGUACAGUGAAUUUACAUACUAACCUGCACAUCAGGGAGGGAUCAGCAAACUCAGCUGGGGCACUGACUGAAACCACAGACAUACAGUGGACACCCUACAGGAGAAUCACAGAACAGCUCAC